AGUGAAGGCACAGGAAUUGAGGGCCGGGCUGGGGUACAACGUCCGGAGGUCAUCAUCCAGAGAGCGUGCCCUGUGGAAGGAGUACAUGGACAAAACAAGGUGGCGAUGGGAGGGUAGUGUCAGAUCCCCCCCUGGACAUUCUCCUUGCUUGAUAGGAGCGGUUCUUGGCUGGAAAUGGAGGAAGAGGGAUGGGGCAGAGACUCAUCUCGUCUUCUCUUCCCUAUCCCUCGCUCCCUCUCCCCUUUUCAGGGUGGCCUUUUUUACCAGGGCUAUCGGCUCAGGAAAGACCAACUGAACUAUUUAGAAACCACUGUUGUUCGGGCGUCUGUUCCUCCCUCUGUUUGUUCCCCAGAGUGAUGGAAGGGGAUGUGCUGUAUGUUUGGGGAGCACUGGGGAGCAGUCCAGACUUUGUGUGUGUCUUUGCUCAAGUGGUGGCAGGAUGUGGAAAUGGGGACUCUCAUUGACAGCAUUGGAGUGCCACCCAGGUGAAGUAUCUUGGUUGUAAACAGUCAUUACAGCCAGGAAUUUUUCUCGGCUAUGGUGUCAGAAGGGCAGACCUGAAAAACCUGCUGGGCCUGCCUCUGGGUGUGUGUGUGUGUGUGUGUGUGUGUGUGUGUGUGUGUGUGUGUCCGUGUCCGUGUCCGUGUCCCCACAUGUGCCCUCUGUGGCUCUCUUACUGCAGUCUAUCCCAGCAACAGGACAACAGAAUGAGAAGACAAGGCCCUGGGGCUGACAGGAGGGUCUCAGAGGUCCGUGUGAGGGUGCGUUCGUGACGUGACGCAGGGCCGGUGGUGGAUGGCUUUCCUACUCUCUCGUCUUGGUGGGAGGCAGCCCUAGGUCCCAAAGGCGAGUGUACAGAUCGUAGCAGAGCAGAAGCAAAGGUUCCUGAGUCAGGUGUGGAGGUGUGGGGCGUUGACCUGUGUCUAGCCUGCCCAGUGACCCAAUGACUCAUACCCUCGCUAUGUCCCUGAGGUCAGACUGACAGGGAGGAGUCGGGGUUCCUGUCUGGACCCUGUGUUGACUUCCAGGAUGCUCAGAUUUGCUAAAGAAGGAGGGAUUGAGGCACGCGGCUGUGGAGCAGGAGACUGAUGUUGGUGAACCGGGUGAAUGGGCCCAGCGGUCGGGGGAGUUGGGUUUCUGUUGGCGUGGAGGAGAGUUCAGGCGAGCCUUGGGAAAGUUUGCCAAACUAAAAUGGGUCCGGGAAGCAGGUGUUCUAAGAGCUGAGGGACAGAGGAAGCUGAGGUGGGGCAUCAAAGAAACCCUGCCGUGCUGGAGUGCUGAACCUCAGAUGGGUGGGCUUCGGAGACCGUCUGCAGGGCACAUACUGGCUGGAUUUGUAGAAACGGCUUUGGGGACUGUCUCCCCAUUGAUGUUGAGGUAGUGCAUGAGUCCUUUGAGGGAGGGAUACAGACCCUGUGGGACAGUCAGGAAGACUACAGAGAAACUCGGGGUACCUUAUAGGCCGUUUGAUUAUACCCCACGGUGGGAAGAUGGGAAGGAGCGUAUCGCCAGGCUUCCUUGGUUGUCUGGGUCUUCUCUAGCACAUCAUGCCAAGCUGGGAAUUUCAAGGUGAGACUCCCGGCUGUGGCCCAUGGGCCUCUGAGGAGGCCUCGUGAGUCUUCCCAGCUUCCCACUUGCUGUGUUAGCACUCAAUGGGAAGGGAACCAAAGUACCAGGCCAAGUGGGUCCAGACAUUGACACAGAAUCGGAGCGGGCGGGCCAGGCUUUGUCCAGCUGUCAGCCAUAGCCUCCAGCCAGUACAAGGAUGGAAGUCAAAGGUCAGCUGAUCAGCUCUCCUACCUUCAAUGCCCCAGCUGCCCUGUUUGGGGAGGCAGCCCCCCAGGUGAAGUCAGAGCGUCUUCGAGGGCUGCUUGACCGGCGGCAGGCCCUGCAAGAGGCCCUGAGGCUGAAACUUCAAGAGCUCAGGAAAGUGUGUCUGCAGGAGGCGGAGCUAACUGGCCAGCUGCCCCCCGAGUGCCCCCUGGAGCCCGGUGAACGCCCUCAGUUGGUACGCCGGAGGCCCCCUGCUGCUCGGGUCUACCCUCCACCACACCCAAACCCAGCUCACCACUCUUUGUGUCCUGCUGAGGAACUGGCUCUUGAGGCCCUGGAGCGGGAGGUGUCUGUGCAGCAGCAGAUCGCCGCUGCCGCCCGACGCCUGGCCCUGGCCCCUGACCUGAGUGGAGAGCAGAGGCGGCGGCGGCGCCAGGUACAGGUUGAUGCGCUUCGGAGGCUGCAUGAGCUGGAAGAGCAGCUCAGGGACUUCCGAGCCCGCCUUGGCCUCCCGGUGCUCCAGCUCUCUGCCGGAGCACUAGUCAAUGCCCAGGGGGUCUGCCUAGGCACACGUCUUGCUCAGCUCAGCCAAGAGGAUGGAGUUCUGCACUCGGAGAGCAGCUCCCUCUCAGAGUCGGGGGCCAGUCACGAUAACGAGGAUCCUCACAGCUGCUUCUCUCUAACCGAGCGCCCCUCACCACCAAAGGCCUGGGACCAGUUUCGGGCAGUAUCUGGGGGGAGCCCUGAGCGGCGAGCCCCAUGGAAACCUCCCCCAUCGGAUAUUUACGGGGACCUGAAGAGCCGGCGCAAUUCUGUGGCCAGCCCCACCAGCCCCACACGCUCGCUGCCCAGGAGUGCCUCCAGUUUUGAGGGGCGAAGUGUGCCUGCCACCCCUGUCCUCACCCGGGGCACUGGCCCCCGGCUCUGCAAACCCGAAGGCCUCCAGUCUCGCCAGUGGUCCGGUAGUCAGGACUCCCAGAUGGGCUUCCCUCGGCCUGACCCUGCUUCGGAUCGGGCCUCCCUCUUCGCAGCUCGCACCCGCCGCAGCAAUAGCUCUGAGGCCCUGCUGGUGGAUCGGGCGGCUGCUGGGGGAGCUGUAUCUCCACCUGCUCCCCUGGCUCCCCCUGCUGCUGGUCCCCCAGUCUGCAAAAGCAGUGAGGUGCUGUAUGAGCGCCCCCAACCAGUCCCUGCCUUCUCCUCCCGCACCACUGGCCCCCCAGACCCUCCUCGGGCUGCCCGGCCUAGCUCAGCCGCCCCUGCAUCCCGUGGGCCCCCUCGGCUCCCACCUGUGUGUGGAGACUUCCUCUUGGACUAUUCAUUGGACAGGGGCUUGCCCCGUGGUGCUGGUGGGGCAGGUUGGGGGGAUCUGCUGCCGGCUCCUGAAGUCCCAGGGCCCCUCUCCCGCAGAGAUGGGCUCCUUGCCAUGCUCCCUGGUCCUCCACCCAUAUAUGCAGCUGACGGCAGCAGCCCCCUUCUCCGCAGCAAAGACCCCAACACCCGUGCCAUCCGUUCCAAGCCCUGUGGCCUGCCCCCGGAAGCUAUGGAGGGUCUGGAAGUGCAUCCCAACCCGUUACUCUGGGUGCCGCCACCCGCCCGGCUACCUCCAGGUGGUGAGCGAGGUGGCCAUAAGAACCUUGCCCUGGAGGGGCUCCGGGACUGGUACAUCCGGAAUUCAGGACUGGCCAUGGGGCCCCAGCGCCGGCCAGUGCUCCCCCAUGUGGGCCCGACACACGUACCCUUCCUCCAUGCCCGCUGCUAUGAGGUGGGCCAGGCACUAUACGGGCCUCCCAGCCAGGCACCGCUCCCGCACUCGAGGAGUUUCACAGCACCCCCUGUCUCCGGCAGAUACUACACGGACUUCCUGUAUCCCCCGGAGCUGAGCGCUCGUUUAAGUGACCUGACGCUAGAGGGGGAGCAGUCUUCCAGUUCCGAUCCCCAGACCCCAGGGACAUUGGUCUGACCCUUUCUCAUAAGCCCCUUGUUGCUCUGGAAAGAAUACUCCAGUCUGGGGAACACGGUCGACCUCGCUGAGCCCUGGGAUGUGAUUGCUCUUGGUCCUGAGGGACAACUGCUGGGUCUCACAGGACCCCCUGACUUCUUUUGGGCCCAGGAGGAUGUCUGAUACCCCUGCUUCUCUUCUCAUCCUGUGCUGGGGGACUGGAGGGCCCCAGCUAGCUUCAAAGAGGGGAUAAUGAUUUGGGGACUCUGCCCCUUCCUCCAUUUCUGUUUACAGUUGUGACUUAGUAUUCACUGUCUUUGCCCAACACUAGGGAUUUUCUAAAAGGGAAACUGUGAGCUCAUUCCUGGUUGGGUUCAUUCCUGUCCCGAUGCCCAGACUGUUCCAUUCAUGAGCCACUACCCCGCCUCAACAAGAUGGACCAUAGAGUCUCCGGGGCUGAGAUACUGCUGUGAACAGAACUCCCUGCCUCCUCCCACUAGAGUUCUUGGGCAGCUGGGCUCCUGUCCACAUUUGAAGGAUGGAAGUCUAGGUGGGGUACCCGAAGGAGCUGUUGUCUGCCUCCGCCCGUGGCCUCAGUGCUGAGCUGCUCCAGUCAGGAGGCCACAGAGGCUGUCAAGCAGAGCCAUUUGAGUGUGUCGCUUCCUGGGAUGCUGCAGUGGUUAAACCUGGCAACUAGUAGAUGCCAGCAAAACCCUCAGGUGACAUCCGGCCGUGGGCCACAGACCACAUCGUGUCCUCCUUGGCAUUCCUUCUAUUUACCACUUUUUAAACAAAUCCACAUCAGCUGUGUUUUCUAUAUUGUCUGUGACUUUCUGGAGCCGGGGGUUCCCCCUACCCCCUUACCUGGUGUUACAUUUUCUUUUUGUACCGAUGGAUCUGGGCCCAAGACACUACUCACACUGGAAGGGGAUUUCUAUAAUAAAUAUAUAAACUGA